GCGACUACCAGAGCACAGAGUACGCUCCUGGUACGUUUCCGGCCAGUGACGCACUUCCACUUUGCUGGGCGCGCGGUGGACGGUCUGAAAAGGAGAGCGCGGAUUUGGUUAGGGCCUCGAGGCUCCAGAGCCCAGCAUGGCCUCCUCACGAGCCUCUUCCACGGCAACUAAAACUAAAGCACCUGAUGAUUUAGUUGCUCCUGUUGUGAAGAAACCACACAUCUAUUAUGGAAGCUUGGAAGAGAAAGAGAGGGAACGUCUGGCCAAAGGAGAGUCUGGGAUUUUGGGAAAAGAAGGACUCAAAGCAGGCAUUGAAGCUGGAAAUAUUAAUAUAACCUCCGGGGAAGUAUUUGAAAUUGAGGAGCACAUCAGUGAGCGGCAGGCAGAAGUCUUGGCAGAGUUUGAAAGAAGAAAGAGAGCCCGGCAAAUCAAUGUUUCCACGGAUGACUCAGAGGUCAAGGCUUGCCUUCGAGCCUUGGGAGAACCUAUCACACUUUUUGGAGAAGGCCCUGCUGAACGAAGAGAAAGGUUAAGAAAUAUUCUCUCAGUGGUUGGAACUGAUGCCUUAAAAAAGACAAAAAAAGAUGAUGAGAAAUCUAAGAAGUCAAAAGAAGAGUAUCAGCAAACCUGGUACCAUGAAGGGCCAAAUAGCCUAAAGGUGGCCAGACUGUGGAUUGCUAAUUAUUCACUCCCCAGGGCAAUGAAACGCUUGGAGGAGGCCCGUCUCCAUAAGGAGAUUCCUGAGACAACCAGAACCUCCCAGAUGCAAGAGCUGCAUAAAUCUCUCCGGUCUUUGAAUAAUUUCUGCAGUCAGAUUGGAGAUGAUCGGCCAAUCUCCUAUUGUCACUUUAGUCCCAAUUCUAAAAUGCUAGCCACAGCUUGUUGGAGUGGGCUUUGCAAGCUCUGGUCUGUCCCUGACUGCAGCCUCCUUCACACUCUUCGAGGCCAUAACACAAAUGUAGGAGCAAUUGUGUUCCAUCCUAAAUCUACUGUCUCAUUGGACCAAAAGGAUGUCAACUUGGCUUCUUGUGCUGCUGAUGGUUCUGUGAAGCUUUGGAGUCUGGACAGUGAUGAACCAGUGGCAGAUAUUGAAGGCCAUACGGUUCGUGUGGCUCGGGUAAUGUGGCAUCCAUCAGGGCGUUUCCUGGGCACGACCUGUUACGACCGUUCAUGGCGCUUAUGGGAUUUAGAGGCUCAAGAGGAGAUCCUGCAUCAGGAAGGCCACAGCAUGGGUGUGUAUGACAUUGCCUUCCAUCAAGAUGGCUCUUUGGCUGGCACUGGGGGACUGGAUGCAUUUGGUCGAGUUUGGGACCUACGCACAGGACGUUGCAUUAUGUUCCUAGAAGGCCACCUGAAGGAAAUCUAUGGGAUAAAUUUCUCCCCCAAUGGCUACCACAUUGCAACUGGCAGUGGUGACAACACCUGCAAAGUGUGGGACCUUCGACAACGACGUUGUGUCUACACCAUCCCUGCUCAUCAGAACUUAGUGACCGGUGUCAAGUUUGAGCCUAUCCAUGGAGACUUCUUGCUCACAGGUGCCUAUGAUAACACAGCCAAGAUCUGGACCCACCCAGGCUGGUCCCCAUUGAAGACUUUGGCUGGUCAUGAGGGCAAAGUAAUGGGCCUAGACAUUUCUUCUGAUGGGCAACUCAUAGCCACUUGCUCAUAUGACAGGACCUUCAAGCUCUGGAUGGCAGAGUAGGCAAGACCAUGGAAGGACUUGGACCUUGUGCUCUCACCGAGGAGCCAUUUUCCUCAGAGGAAAAGAAUUGUGUUGUGUUCUAUCAUGUUUUCUGCCAAAUACCAUGUGUAGGAUUGGAUUUUCACAACAACCCCACUUCUGAGUAACCCAGUCUCUAGGUGAUGGCAAACCCUUCAUGGUUAGAAUACAAUUCUCAUCUCAGGUUCUGCCAUAAACCAUAAACUGUGUAGACAUUGUUUAGACUAAUCGAUUUGAAUGUUCUCCCAUCUCUUUCGGUUUCAGUACUCAGGAUUGGGAUUUUUUUUUUUUUUUUUUUCUUUUUUGUAUUUUGAGACAGGGUCUGUCUGUUUAGUCCUGACUGUCCUGUCUAUGACAGGAGGCCUCACAUUUUAAGUGACUCUCUGGCUUCUGCCUUCCAAGUGAUGGCAUUACAGAAGUGUGCUGCUGGGCCUUACAGUUGCUUUUGUAAUGCUUGAAAAGUGGCUGGCUGUAACAUGGUAUGUGCUCUGUACUACAUGUGAUUCAGCAGGAAGAUAGCAGACUGCAUUUGAAACUCCCCCAGUUAAGAGGGCAUGCCAGAAGGCAGGGACAGGCACUCACAGAUCUCGAGGCCCGCCAGGUCUACAGAGGGAGUUCCAGGACAGGCUCCAAAGCUACAGAGAAUCCCUGUCUCAAAAAACCAAAAGGCGGGGGCAUUCUGCUCUAAGUGCUAGUUGAGCGGGGCCUGAGCAAGCUCCCCUCCUGCUCCAGAGGAGAUGUCUGUCAAGCAGUAGACUGCAGCUGCAUGAUGAUGCAGAAGCAAAGAAGAUUGGCCUCUUCCUGUGGAGUUCACAGCUAUGUUAACUGCAUCAGGGAACUCAGAACUGAACAUGUCUGCCUUGUUGGGGAAAACCUCUUCCAUUUUGCUUUGAAGUUUGGCAUCCUUCGAGAUAAAACAAGGCCAUUGUAUCCAGAUUCAAAGGAGUUUUUAGAAAACAAACAUGUCUGUGGUACAACCUCCUUCCUGUUGAUUAUUUAAAGGGUGUACUUUAUGUAUUAAAAAGAUACUUCGUGUCAAAGUAAAUAAGGAAAAAAAAUCCCUAAUUUAUGUUUGGGUGUUCCCAAACAUGAUCAUUUUUUCUUUAUUAUACACUUGCUGAGAGUAAAAUCCUACCAUAAAAAUGUCUUUCAAGGAGGUCCUCUUUAAGUUUUGAGAGCUAAUGUAAUUCCAGGGGUGAAUUGUCCAAUUUCUGACACUAUUCACAGAUGUUUAUAGAGGGCUUUUUCAGGGGAAAGGGGUAGGGUUUUUUUGAGACAGGAUCUUUCUGUGUAGCUCAGAUUGGCGUCAGAUUCUUAAUGCUCCUGCCUCUGCAUCUCAAGGUGCAAAGGGUGUACAGCUUUUUUUUUUAAUAGAGUUGUUGGCCUAGGGAAGCCAACAGCAGUGAGCUGUGUCUGAGCUCCCUAAUUCUUCAUCAGUCUUGUGAUUCUCUUCACCUUCCCACUGUGGGUAUAUAUCCUCAAGAAUUGAACAGUAAAAUCCACACAAGACAGUAAUGUAAGAAGGUCGUCUAUAUAGAGAGUAAAACUAGCAUGAACUUGUAUUCCGUAUUCAAAACUACACUCUGCCAGCUUCCUGUUCUGUCCUGCCCCCUUCGGGUUAUGGAUAUGUGGUAUAGAGCAAAACAUGGUUUGGGGUUUUUGUUUUUUUACAGAGUCUUACUAUGUAGCCCUGGCUGGUCUAGAACUUAAUGUAUUAGACCAGGUUAAGCUCAAAUUCAGUGAUCACCUGCAUCUGGCUUCCAAGAGCUAGUAUUAAAGGGGUAUGCCCACCACUCCCAGCAAAACAUUUUAAUCUGAUUCCAGUUAUAGCUAACCGUAUUUCCUCUGUAGUUGUAAGCUUCUCAGGUCUAUUCCUUCAUUUGGAACUUACCACCCUUAACUUGUUCUAUUCCCAUAAUAAUGUGCCAUAAAAAACACCUUUUUCUUGA